CUUCUCAACAAGUGACUCCGACUCCUAGGAGACGUGCGCAGUCUCGACUCUUGGAGUUAGAGCGCCAUGUUGCAAUAAAUGGGCGCAUUCCGAUGACGAUCGCCCAUGGAGCGGAGAAGCCUAUUUCUCCACACGUCGUUCGCUUCAGCCAGGCGAUAGGCGUGUGCAUGUGAAAGACAUUUCCCGUCCGCUGUCUUAAGUGGGCGGACGUUGGGAGAGAAUACAUUGAGGUCGUCAAGGGCGACCUCUAGGUAAUUAAAUGCACUACACAUUUAUAUAUGAUUUCAUUUGAAACAUAUCUAACUUUAACCAAUCUAAUGUGUUAUGUUUGUAAUGUGUAGCGAUUGUUUGUGCUUGAUUUCAAUGAUCAAGCGAUGAACAGGUUUGUUGAGCAUCAGAUGCUCACGACCUUUAAAGAGUUCUGGGCCGACUGUCAUAGACAUUUCAAAAAGUACAGCGACCCGGAGGAGGCUCGUGCCAACUCACCAAACGCAUUGGUUGGACGUGAUGAGGAUUGGCACUUCCUCUGCGACCAUUAUAUCAGUCGUGCAUUCCAGGAGCAAUCACGGACGAACAAGGCUGCUAGACAGAAGCAGCCUUACAAUCAUAGUAGCGGGUUCAAGUCGUUUCUACAACGACAGUAUAAGCUCGCUGAAAGAAAAGGGGAGCCGGUCGAUCGUGUGGAAUUGUUUCGGGAAACACACGUUCGAGCUGGGACAUUCGUGUCGCAGGCCGCCGAGGAUGCGCAUAAUCAAAUGCUGGAACUCCAAUCUCAGCCUACCCCAGAGGGUAGUCAGCCACUAUCUGAGGAUGAGAUAUGCGAUCAGGUGUUGGGUAGACGACCAGGCUACUCAAAAGGCCUUGGUUGGGGACCCAAGCCGAAGGCCCGCAGAACGGCGAGUGCAAGCAGUUCGUCGACAUCUUGUUCGCAGUCCACAGAAAAAGAGAUUGAAUUACAAGCUAAACUUCAAGAAGCUUUAGAACGGAUUGAAGUAUAAGAUAGAAAUCACCAAACAUUAGCUUCAC